AGUCAUAUCCAUGCGCAAUGGCGGGUAUGGACGGAUUCGGUUUUGACACUCACACCAGAAACGGGAGUAGUUCCGAGACUCCGGUUGUGAACGUUUCGGCUGGAUUGGGUGGCUCUGUUGGGCAGACCACUCCGAUCAACAUUCCUUUCGGAUCGAGUGCGUCCAUGGGGUCCACUCCGAUCACCGCCUUCGUUGGAUCGAGCACGACUAUGGGGUCCGCUCUGGUCACCUCGGUUAUUGGACCAACCGCGGCUACGUCCGCAAUGGUCACCCCACUCGGACCGAAUAUGGCUUCGGCCAUACCGGUCAUUCCCUCACUUGGACCGAACACGGGUGUCUUCACAUCCGCACCGGUCGGACAUCCUACUGUUAUGCUGCCUGCGAACUCUAUCAAAGAACCGGCAAAGUUCACAGGUGUUGGCUUUAAAAUAUGGCAGCAAAGGAUAUUAUUUUGGCUGACAACCCUCAACCUUGCGAGGGCCGCAUCCGCAAAGGAGUUAUGGACUACACUGUCCAACAAAUACCAGGCCGAGGACGCCAGGGCGAAGAAAUUCGUUGUCGGUAAGGUCUUGGAUUUUAAGAUGGUGGAUUACAAACCCGUGGUCAGUCAAGCAGAAGAAUUGAUUCUCAUUUUUAAUGAGUGCACUGAUGAGGGAAUGGGAGUCAGUGAGGCAUUUCGAGUGGCGGCGAUUAUUCAUGUGCUCCUGCCGGCUUGGGAUGAGUUCCGGAGCUAUCUCAAGCUCAAACGGAAAGAAAUGACUUUAGAACAGUUGCUUGUUCGUCUCCGGAUCCGUGAAGAGGGUCUCACUCGCGAGAAGAAAGUAGCUGUUGCUAAGGCCAAUGUGGUGGAGCAUCCACCCGAAGAGGGUUCUUCCAAAGGGCCCAAUCCAAAUAAGGACAAGAAGAAAAUUGGUCCUAAAGGAGGCGUCGCGAAGCCCAAGUUCGCGGGGAAAUGCUACAACUGUGGCAUUACGGGCCACCGUUCUUCAGAGUGCCGCAAGAAGCCUCAGAAGAAGAAGCAGAAGAAGGAAGAAGCUCUCUGCUCGGAGCUAGAUGCUAUGGACCUUUGUGCUGUCGUGACAGAGGUCAACCUGGUCGGGUCUAACCCGAAAGAGUGGAUGAAGCGCGGUCACUGUGGGGGCGGUGCCGGUUCCCCAGGUCAGUCCCUUCCAUUCCUGCUUAAGACAGUGACUCCCGGAAAUGACGAGUACAGUUCAAAGACAUCGCGUUCUACUGAACAGCCAGUAAAGAAGGUAUACUUUACAAGGGACAGGUUCAAAAGUGGAGACACUUACCUGUUCUUUGCAGGCUUGCUCCUUCAUCAUCCUCCCUUGGGAAUGGGCGUCCUUAGCCAUCUGGAGCUUGCGCUAGAUGGUGGUCCAAUUCUCCUUGAAGCGGACCAGGGUGUCUGGACUGACUCUAAGACAAGACCAGGAGAUGAUGUAUCUGGAGCCGAGGAAGAGGUGUUGGUGGACCCGGGAUCAAUAGGAAGAUUGGCAAGCUUGACCAUGGGAUUUCCAGCAUCAGAAGACUGGGUUUCACUUCGCUCAAGAGAAGUGGGAUCCUAAGAGCCGCUGACGUUAGAGUCAGAGGAGAUGGGCUGGGCUGACUUAGAUGAAAUAAUGGGACGGUUGCCCAAGAAAUAGAACCUAGCUUG